UCACAAUCAUCGUCACUUCCGUGAAACUAAAAGUAAACAAAGAUGGUGGAUUGUGAAAAUACCACUCACACAGAAAACAAAAUGAAAAAAUUGGAAUUGUUGAAUAUAUUUCUCACCGAGAAAUUAACCACGGCUGCCAAUGAGAUAUUUGGGGCUGUGAAGGGUACUAUAGUUGAGUACCAGACAGAAAUCGUUCGCUCCAAGGAGGAGAACAAUCAUCUCCGAAAGCUGCUGGAUAUCGCUGUUCAGCGCGUUCUACUUCAAACAGACUGUCAUACUAUCCAUCUCACCGAAGAUGCAUCUUCACCUGAGCAGCAGCAUCGUGAGCAGGAGUGGACCCCCGGUCUAGGCCAGGAGGACCCAGAGCCCACACAGAUUAAAGAGGAACAGGAGCUCAGAAACAGUCCAGAGGAAGAGCAGCUUCAAGGGCUGGAGUCUGAAACCGAAGGAGAAUCCAUAUAUACGCCUUCUUUUGUGAAAAGUAACUGUGAUCAGGACCCACCUCCACCUUCACAUCUUCCCCAAACUGUGAACAACAGAGAAGGAGACUCUUUAGCCAGAACCAUAUCUAAUAAUCAUAUCAAAAUAGAGAAUGAAGGAGAAGGCUACAGCACAUCAGAACCAACCAGUGACUUACAGCACGUCUUCACCGUGAAUUCAGACUGUCUUGCAGCUCGGAGUGAAAACAGUGCCCAACCCAAUAUCAACAAUAGAAUUCAGAGAGGACUCUCAGAAUAUGAGGCCCCACAGCCACAGGCAACAUAUGAAAGAGAAAGUAUUGGUCUACACAUACAUGUUAGAGACCAGAACACCACCAAGCUGCCUCAACAGAGAUCCCCCUAUCAAGCCCAAGGCAUACAGAGAGUGUAUCCUUGCCGGGAGUGUGGGAAGUGCUUCAAUUUCUCUUGUCAGUUAGAAGUCCACAUGCGAUGGCACAGCAAGGAAAGACCAUUCAGCUGCUCUGUGUGUCGAAAAAGCUUCACCACCAUCAGCCUGUUGAGGAGACACCACCGCAUUCACACUGGAGAGAAACCCUACCGCUGUCACAUCUGUGGGAAAUGUUUCAAUCAGUCGGCUCACCUGAACACCCACUUUAAAAUUCACCCAGGGGAGAGACCACACAGCUGGAAAAUGUCUCAGUCAAAACGUUAACAGCAGAGACAUCUACACUCAGAAGGGAGAGAAACAUGUACAUCUGGGCAGUAGAACUAUUGUCCAGGAUUUAAGACACUAGAAGAACCCGUGAUUGAUGUUUGAACAAUGCAUUACAAUACAUUGAGGACUGGUGCUGUUAUUCUUUUGUAAUUAUAUUAGAUGCAGAGGGUAGAAAAUCCAUCUUAUUCAACCUAACUAGAUGCAAUCAAUCAGUUAAUUAGAUCAUCCUUAUCUAUUUCCCUUUAGGACUUGGACCUGACUGCUGGGCUGUAUGACUAGCCUAUUAGGGUUUGGGGGCAGCGGUGCUAAAUGCUGCUUCUUUUUUUUUUUUUUAGCAACCAGGAAAUGGCGGAGCGAUUUCUACAUAGUGCGUCUUUAACGGUUUUAAUAAAUAAUUGGUCUGUUUCAAGUCA